AUGAGGAAGAUCAGAUUCCAGUGGGCAAUUGUGGCUCUUGGAACACUGGCGCUCGUUACGGCGCUCGCGUGUACCCAGGAGGUCGUGAAGGAGGUGCCUGUCGAGAAGGUGAUCACCCAAGAGGUGGUCAGAGAAGUACCUGUAGAGAAGAUCGUCGAGGUGGAGAAGGAGACGAUAAGGACCGUCGAGGUCGAAAAGCCGAUCGAGGUCAUCAGGGAGGUUGUGAAGGAGGUUCAGGUACCCGGCCAGACGGUGGUGGUCACGGAGGUCGAGAUCAAGAGGUACGUAGGAAGUGGAAUAUCAAGAGCGAGAGGCCAGCGGUCUGAUUACCGAAGCUUCGCAUAG